CAGUAAUCUUGAAAGAGCUCUCAAUGAAUGGACGGACUGAGCUUUCUCUCUGGCGAUUCGGGAUGAACAGUACCCGUCGCUGGUUCCGUUCAAAUUGAAGGCGUUCUCCGGUGAAUCAAUCCAAAUUGACUGCAUUUCCUUUUUCCCCUCAUCACGGCGAGCAUAUCUACCCAAGGAAUCGUCUCUUCUCUUGAAGGUUGGAGGUUAACGAGAGCUUGGAUUUCCGCAGCACUGUUCAUCUUCGUCUUUAGAUUUUGCUGAUGUUCCUCCAGUAAGUGCUCUUCUCCCUCGUUUGUUUGAUGGCAAAGAAAGGAGAAAAAGGGAGUGGGAAUCCCAUCCCUCCCACUCCUCCAAACGUGAGGAACUUGCGUAACUUUCUCCAUGGCAUUGAGGAUGAUGUUGGGACCACAGCGGAAACUUUUGAGCCAGAGUCUGGUGUUGAAGGUGAUGCGUUACUGGUUGGAAACGAAAAGGCCAAGGCUGGUGGGGUUGAUGGAAGCUCAGCUUCUCCUGACUCACUGUCUUGUUCACCCUCUGUGGAUGAGGAAGCCAUGGUACUUGAACUGGAAAAGAAACUGCAGAAGGACAAACCAGUGAUCCAAGAUGUUGAGGAUGUGAACAACCCUGCCACUGGUGAAGUCACUGCCAAAGAUGGUGGGAAACAACAAACUGCAAAGGAUGUGAAUACCCCUACCACUGACGAAGUCACUGCUAAAGAAGCUGGGAAACAACCUAAUGCUAAUGACAGCGGGAAGACAACUGGAAACAACCAUGUUACCAAUAAGGAUGAAAAAUCAGUAUGAAAGAAAUCUUUUGCAUCUUUGUUUGAGAAGAACAGGUCUGAAGAUAAGGGUAUGAAGCUUCAUAAGGUUGAUAUGGCUGAGGAAGAUGAGGUCUUUAUUCAACCCGAGGACAUAACACUUAUGGGGACCUUGCUUGGUUGGGUGUUUUACUGGAAGAUUCCCUGGCCUUGCUCCCAUCCAAAGCCUGGUGGAAUCCUGGAAAGUACCUUGCCAAUUCCUUCCUCAUCACAAAGGCUGGGUUAUUUUUAAAUUCUUGACAAAUGCUGACAGAGAUUCGGUGCUACAAAUGGAUGAUCAUAAAAUUAAUAAUAAGAAACUGCUGCUUAACAUUCCACAGGAUGGAUUUAUGUGGAAUGCAAAGUCUUUUUCUACUAUGCCGGUCUGGGUGAAGCUCAUGGAUGUUCCUAUGCAGUAUUGGGGUCCUAAUAGUUUGUCAAAAAUUGCCUCAAAACUGGGAAGACCACUCUUUACAGAUGGCCUCACUAAUCAGGUUGCCUCUAAACUAACCUUGGAGAAAGAUCCUGAGGACAAAAUGGCCUACAAGAAACCUAAUUUCUGUAGAAUUCUUGUCCACAUGGAUCUCUCCAAACCCCCUCCUUCUUCCAUAAAAGUGAAUUUUGGUUGAGGCAGUUAUACUCAAAUUGUGGAAUAUGAGGACCUACCUCUUUAUUGCUACCACUGUGAGAAGUUUGGACAUACUCCUUUUGAUUGCGGCCAACUAUAUGAACUGGAAAAAAGAAAAACUAUGGAGGAGCAGAGACUUAAGGACAAGGCUAGGGUGGAGGUUCUGAAAACCACACUCUCGGCUGAAACCAGAACUGAAAAAGCAGGGAAGGUUAAUCAGGGUCAACCCAAGGAAAUUGGUAAACAGAAGGCUGAUUUGGGGCACAACAAGGAUGGGAUGGCUGCAAUCCCUGACCCGAAUGAACCCUCACCUUCCUUUUUCAAGAAAGAUGAGAAUGAUACUUUUACUCUUGUGGUAAAAGGAAAGGGGACAUUAACCACACACCCUUUGAAACCUCAACACAGAAGAGAAACUAGAGGCAGUGGGCGUGGACAGACACAUGGAUACAGGGGUGAUACAUAUAGAGGAAGAGGAAGGGGUCCUGGCCCUAACUCUUAAUGAAGGUUCUGUGCUGGA